GGCGGCGGCUCCGGCGAACCCGGCCGGGGCGAUGGCGUCGCUGGGGCUGAGCGAGCGGGAGCAAGCUGGUUGCCGCGAACUCCUGGAGUUUCUGGGGACUAACGACCUGAUGGCGCUGACGGACACCGUCACCAACCGCCUGAUACACCCGGAGAACCGCCAAGAAGCCAUUCGUGCCAUUUUGGCUUACAGCCAAAACGUAGAAGAAGUUCUGAAACGCAGAAAAGUCUGUCGAGAAAUCCUCUUUAAGUAUUUGACAUUACAUGGAAUUCUAGUGCCUCCUUCCUCUGAGAAGAAUCAACUCAUUGAACAUGUAAAGCAGUACUGGAGUAGGCAGCUCACAAGAUGUGUCUCAGAGUCAGGGGAGAAAAAAACAUACACAGAGAGUCAUGGAGAGAGGAAAAAGCCACCACAAAAUGACAUUCAUCAUCUAGGAGAAGAAUUCUGUCAAUGGUUCUUUGAACUCCUGAAUUCUCAACAUCCUUUGGGAGUAAAAUCUGAAGGAAGAUGGGGACCAGAGCAUUUUUGGGAGGAUGCCAAAAUGAAAUUUUGUUACAACACAUUAGAAAAAAACACAGAAGAAUAUGUUGGUGCAGAAAUAGUCAGCCUUCGUCUGCUCUCCUUGGUUAAAGAAGAAUAUCUUUUAUUCAAUCCUAAUUUGCGUGCCAAUGGACUAAAAUGUGUCAUGUCUCCACAUGGGUUGGUACUGAUAGCAGUGGCUGGUACAGUACAUAGAGAAAACACUUGUUUGGGCAUCUUUGAACAAAUUUUUGGACUUAUUAGCUGCCCUCUUAGGGACAAUACCUGGAAAAUAAAAGUUGUGAAUCUUAAAAUAGUGGGACAGAAUGCCCUGGACCCUGGGAUGCAAAUGGAAAAACCGUCCAUAAAGUAUGACUCAAACCAACUGCAACAGUUGUAUGAUGGGAAAGAACUGACUGUAUUUGAAUGUCAGAAAUUCUGAGUAAUUCUUUCACAACUGAACAACUGGGGUGGGGGGAAUGUACAGCACUUGUAGUGCUUAGGUGAAUGUUAAAAUGGUUGCAGCCAUGUGAUGUCUCUUUUUUGAGUUAGAUUUGCCAAAUGACAAACGGAUACAGAGUCUAAAGUAUUAAAACAGGUGAUGCUUUUGGGCAUCUUUCCAAGAGCUACCAAAUAUUUCAGAGUAUUACUUUAGAUUUUGUACUGUAGUUAGGAAUGGAGUUAGUUUGGUCAUCCUCAGUUACAAAACAUGUUUCCAUUUAAGAACGAGUUGGCAGCAGUGUGUAAUGAACCAGGUGACUUGCGGUUCACAAGCUGCAUCUUGCUUCUCUUCAGCUCACCAGUUUAAGCUCUUUCUUGAGUUGUAAUAGGACAUCAUUGCCUCUGGCUUUUGGAAAUUGGGGUUGAUUAGUGUCUAAAUGGACAUCUAAGCCCCAAGAAAAUCUGCCUUAUUUCUGGAACUAGCAGGCAAAUGGAGACUGCUGCCAUUUAGGUUCUAAAUGUGGUUCCCUCACUGAACAAUUAGAAGUAGCUUAAUGGGACAAUCCAGGGAAUUUAGCAUCGUUGAAGUCUUUUCUUUGGGCUAAUAGCUUAAUUUCUUUUUACUUUAUGGUUCCCACUUUGCAAUGAACAUAAACUCUCAGUUCUGUUGCAAGCAGACAAAUCUGAGGUGGUGGCACAGGCAUCUGUUUCUAGCACUCAGAUUAAGUAGUUGAUUUCAUAACUUAAAGCAACACUGUAUAAACCAAAUGCUUUGAUAAUUAUUUUGUACAUACUUACUACAGAGUUUUUAUUAGAAUAGUUGUGAUUUUUAUAUGUUCUCUCAAAGUAAGAAUUCUAUCUACUUUAUUACAUUUACUAGAAGUCAGUUUUACACUGGGAAGUUACGAGGUGAUCUUAAGUAUAUCCGAUUACAACUUAAUAGCUGAAAUUGUUGCCUUUGCAGAACUUGAAAUUUUUUACUUUUUAAAAUUAUUAUUAUUGUUAUUAUUAUUUUUAAGGGAUUCGAGUUUCAAUGAGGUAAAAACUCCUUUUGCCACAUCUUGUUUGGAUUAUCUGUGUGUUUUAUUUUCAUUUUAUAACUUCACUAAUAGAAAUCAUGAAAACAGGAACGUUACCUGUAACACAGAACAGUUCUUUUGGUUUUGAUGUUUUUGUCAAAGAUAACAAAUGGUAAAAUUAUGGGUGAGUGUGGAGAAACAAGAAGAUUCAUGUGUGCACAGAACUAAUUUUUACAAACACUCUGAAUUAUCAAAUUAUCUUUAAAAUUUCUAAAAUAAUUUCAUUUCUUAGCAAAAGUUCAAGUACUUUGUUGGAAUGUUCCUUCCCAAUAAACAGUUGAGUUAUGGCUUCUCUAGCUGCUGAUGCAUAAUAAAUAAAAAUCAAACUGAAUUUAAAAUUCAGAAG